AUGGCCGAGGAUCAAGAGCAGACACAUCAGGAACAGCAACAGCAGAGGGGCCCUCCCCAGUAUGAGUACAAAGUACUGACUGACAUCCUGGAGGGCACCCUCCCAAUGGAGUGCAACCUCUAUGCAGUGCUCAUUGAAUGCAGCGUCCCACGGCCAACAAGACGAGUCGACUGGAUGUGCAACGCAAGACUGGUGGAUCCAAGCACGCUGGGUCACCCGUACCUGCAGGAAGGGGUCGAGGUGCUCAUUUUUGGUCCCCCACAGCUGCUGCCAAAUCCAGACUGCGUUGGGGACAUCAUUCGCAUCCACCGACUGACGGUGCAGGAAUACAAGGAGAGACCACAGCUUGUGGCCACAAUCGGCCCCAAGAAGAGGUGCCAAAUCUGCGUGUUCAGAGGCGGAGAAGUCGAGGGGGAGCCGAUUAUGCCAUACCGGGCGUCCACCCAGGGGUUCACAAUGGGAGACCGAGAGGAGAAUCUUGUGAAGCUGCUGCGAAAUGCGAUGAGCCUGAUCAACAACCCCUCUGGGAAUGCAGCCCCCUCCAAGUACCUGAGGAGGAUCAACGAGCUCGACCCUCGUGACAUGUUCACAGAGGCUGCAGAUGGCUCCCUGGCACGCAACACCUUCUUUGACAUCUGCUGCCAGGUGCUGCAUGUGCAAGGUGAGGGGAAUCGGCGAAUCAUGGUAGACACGCGGCAUGACUUUGCAGAGGACCAGAACGUGACCCUGGAUGAGGACACGGAGCUCCUUCACUACAACACAGUGUACCUGCCUCUCCAGGGGUGUGAGGAUGCCCCGCGGCUGGGGACUGCAAUGCCGGUGCGCAUGUAUGGGCUGGAGGGGCUGCCGCAGGAAGUGCCCCUGCCGCAGCCGGGCGCCUGGGUCAAACUGCGCAACGUCGCCGCCUGCAUCAUCAACGGCCAGCUGCAGGGGUUGUUCCGCAAGAGCAGCAAGUGGUGCCCUUGGGUGCCGUCACCUGAUGCACUGCAGAUCUUGGACAGGAGGGAAGCCGAGGGCAGGAUCCAAGAGUGGGCCCCUGACAGGCGUGAGCUAGUGGCCAGCUCGUCCCAUCCCAAUGUCCCCUUUGAGACUCUGCGCCAGGUGCAUCAGGCUGGAGGUCAAGGAGACUGGGCCUACACGUUCCACCUGAUUCUCCAGGACGCCACUGGCGAACUUGACGCGCUCAUAUUUUCUGAUAACGGGACCGUACUUUUUGGGGGGAUCCAUGCUGAAGACCUCAGCACAAAUGAAGCUCGGACAGAACAUAUAAAGAGCGCCUUGAUGGGCCUCUUCAGGUGGGCGUCUAUUAUGUCUGGCAUUUAUUGA